AGCAGAGAGGUGUGUAUGUCAGAUAGUGUUCAACGCUGUGUGGGUGUUAUGGUGUGUGACGUCUGUGUCGUAUUGCGUACACAGUGAUUACGUAUCGUGGAGCGUAGUAUGAAACUGUCGAAUUACGUUGUGCGCUUUUAACUUUGUGAACUCCGUGCAUUAAAUUUAAAGGUCGUUGUGGAGGGGCAGCCCACAGCCCCGGGACUCCCCCGGUCUCCCACGGCGCCCGCGCGCUCGCAGCACGCGCCGUCCGGCAGUCCGGACAUGGACGACCCUUCCAGCAAAAGGCAGGCCACCAGAGUUUUCAAGAAGAGUUCGCCGAAUGGGAAGAUUACUGUAUAUUUGGGAAAAAGGGAUUUUGUUGAUCAUAUAACACACGUGGAUCCCAUAGAUGGAGUGGUACUUAUCGACCCAGAUUACGUUAAAGACCGGAAGGUGUUUGGUCAUGUUCUUGCUGCUUUUCGGUAUGGUCGUGAGGAUCUGGAUGUCCUAGGACUUACUUUCAGGAAAGAUUUGUACCUUGCAUCAGAACAGAUUUAUCCCCAGGAUAGCAGCACAUCAAAGAGGCCACUUACAAGACUGCAGGAGCGUUUAAUCAAGAAACUAGGACCAAAUGCAUAUCCGUUUUAUUUUGAACUACCUCCCCACUGUCCUGCUUCAGUAACUCUCCAGCCAGCACCAGGUGAUACAGGAAAACCUUGUGGUGUGGACUAUGAACUGAAAGCUUUUGUCGGAGAGUCUCAAGAUGAUAAGCCACAUAAGCGGAAUUCAGUACGGCUCGCCAUUCGGAAGAUUAUGUACGCACCAAGCAAACAGGGUGAACAACCAUCUGUAGAAGUUAGUAAAGAAUUUAUGAUGAGCCCAAAUAAACUGCACUUAGAAGCAUCAUUGGACAAAGAGUUAUAUCAUCAUGGAGAAAACAUAGCUGUGAAUGUUCAUAUAGCCAACAACUCAAAUAGAACAGUCAAGAAAAUAAAGGUUUCAGUGCGGCAGUUUGCAGAUAUCUGUCUAUUUUCAACGGCACAGUACAAAUGCACUGUAGCAGAAGCAGAAAGCGAAGAGGGCUGUCCCAUCGGACCAGGGUUCACCUUGAGCAAAGUGUUUGUGCUGACGCCCCUCCUAGCCAAUAACAAGGACAAGUGGGGCUUAGCUCUUGAUGGACAGUUAAAACAUGAAGACACGAAUCUUGCCUCCAGCACUUUAGUUGCAGAUCCUUCCCAAAGAGAGAAUCUUGGAAUAAUUGUGCAGUACAAGGUCAAAGUGAAGCUCUGUCUGGGCGCACUUGGAGGAGACUUGAUUGCCGAGCUGCCGUUUAUUCUGAUGCAUCCUAAACCUGAAGAAGAGCCAGCACCAUCUACAGCCCGGCCAUCUCCAUCACAUGCAGUAAAGGAAGGUGGUGAAGAUGUUGUGCCUGUUGACACAAACCUUAUCCAACUUGAUACGGAAGGAAUAUGCCCUGAUCAAGAUGAUGAUAUAAUCUUUGAAGAUUUUGCAAGACUGCGAUUGAAAGGUGCAGAAACAGAUGCUUGAAAAUGGUCAUCGUUGGAAAAAAAAAAACACUUCGCUUCUUCAUUGUGCACAGAAAUUACUUUGUGUGGAGUAAUAAGUGACACUGCAAUAAUCACAGCAGUGAAUCCUUUUAACUUGAAGGUUGCAACUUCCAUUUGAAGCUCUGGGGUUUAACUUGUAAUUUAUAUGCUUCUUGAAGUAACCAGAGGUUUCAGACAAUAGAGGAAGUGAUAAUGGCAUACGUGUAAGGUGGGGUGGCAUUUUCUGGUGUUAAGUGAUUAGUACUGAAUAACAACAUAGCCAUUUUCAUUUUUAUAUUUUUUGUAUUGCAUAGUAAUACAACAGUCCCUUCACUGUAUUCUACUGUUACCUUAUGUUGCUACACAUUAUUUUAGUUACGUGUCAUCAGUCUGAGCAUUUUAAUUGGUAUUUUUAGUGAUCUCUCUCUCUCUCUCUCUCUCUCUCUCUCUCUCUCUCUCUCUCUCACACACACACACACACACACACACACACACACACACACACACACAUAUAUGUUGACCUAGUCAGGAGAUAAGGACUGUAAGAUACUUGCCGUUUGUACAAUUUUUAACCAUAGACAAGAUUCUGUUGUUGUUUCUUAUCCUGUAGGUAAUGACUUACUUUAAACUGGAAUAAUAAUCCAGUUGCUGUAGCCUGCAAUAAUGUAAUACUUUGUUUGCCUGUGCACAUAGGCCAGUACAUGAUAGUCUAUAGAGGUGAUUGUGUAUUGCUAUAGAUUGUGUUCCUCUUUAAUCCAGUCACCAGAGAUCAAUUUCUUUUUGUUGUUGUAUGUACUUUUGAGUGUAAAAGAAACUGCAGAAAUGUUUAUCAGUUGUUAUUGAAUAUUGGUUCCUUAAAUUUUGCCAGUAUUCAUGGUAUGCACCAAAUGUAAACACCCUGCAUUAAACUUUUUAAAUCAAAUCUGUUAGUUGAGACGUUGUUGUUGUUGUUGUCGUUUUUUUUAACUAGAGUAUAACUAGAUUAAAAUAUUGGAAUCAUGAGAAAACCAUUUGAUGUAGUAUUUAGAGACAUUAUCUUUUUUUCCAAAAACUAAAGAAAAAAACCCCCUCACUCACAUGCACAAGCUUGUGUUACACUGUAAUAGUGUAGUCCCACCAUGGUGUGAGGAAGUGUUUAUUUUAAAGAAUAUUUGUGACUUCAAUAAAAAAAAACUUAUUUUUCACCUGGAAAAUGCUGUUUUUCGUGGUCAGCUCUCUUGGUUGAGGCACAAAAAUUCUCUCUCCCAGUUGGCAUAUUCGUAUGUUUCCUAAAUUUAUAUCUCAGUAAAUAUCUUAAUUAAUCACUUUCUUUGUGGGAUGUCACUUUCUUCCUUUAAUAUUUAUAUGACUUUCCUGUUCGAUACAUUUUAGCGCAUUUCUUCUGGAACUAUGUAUAGCAGUCCAUAAUCUCACAAGAAUUAUAUUAUUUGUUCUCUAAUGAUGGUGGUGGUGGUGAUGACGACGAUGAUGAUGAUGAUGAUGAUGAUGAUGAUGAUGAUGAACUUUGACUCAAUUACGUCAUCAUAUGGUUGCCUUUUCAUACAUGGAAACAACAAGUAAGUGCACAAAACUAGGUCAGAUAGGUGGGGCAAGAAAAUUAUGUCAUUUUUGGCUGGUCAUUAAAAGUCAAUGGACAAUUUUGGCAACAAUCAUCCUCAUUCCCAGAGUUUUUCAAAAUUCACUGACCUGAGCCCCAACACAGUCUAGUUAAUGCUGUCUUAUUUUCAGUGGUCAGUCAUUGGUUCUCGAGAAAAUUAACAAACUGAAUCAAUGUUUUUGUCUCUUUUGGUAGUUAACAAAUUUCCAGAACAUGACUUGUCAUCCAUUAACAUGUAAACAUUUGUGACUUGUGAAAACAAUGUGCUCAUCAGUCUUUCCCAAAGUGUCAUCCUUGUGAACUGCUUUCACCGUAACAGUGCUGCAACAUUUUUGCUGAACAGAAAAAAAAUGUAACCGUUUAUACAUUGUUCAUGUAAAUGUAACACCUAAAAAAAUGAGAUAAGAGCAAGCCAACUGCAACUGAGAAAAUCCUUUAAGUGCAGAUAAAACCUUCCAGGGUCAUCACAGGCAAUACUAAACUCAAAAGUUAGUAUAUUAUAAACAUCCCUCUGUGUCAGGACAGGGUUUUAUUGGAGACCUGUGGAUAUCUGUUGAUAACAUGUGAAAUAGCUUCUGAUUUCAAACAAAGGAAAACCAAUUGCUCAGUGAGGUUUGGUUUUAUUAAAGAAACAAAGAAAGGAAAAAAAUAAUAUAAUCCAUUGUGGUUAAUGUUUGUAUCAUGACUGGGUUACAUUUGUAAAACAUGCAAGGAGAGACUUCACACUCCAUGACCAACUUAGAAUGUUUCGGAAAAAAAUGGUUACUACUACAGUAUGUGAGAGGGUGAAAUUAGUUCUAGUUGUAUACACUGAAAUAUGAGCACAGUGUUAUGAAAUAUUUGUAGCACAAACACCAUGGAAACUUCGUAUAUAUGGAAUGUAGUAGUAGUUUCGCACAAUACCCAAAAAGUGAUACACUGUGAGGCUAUCAAAGAAAGGUAGGCUGUGCUUUGUUCCACUGUUUUAGACUAAUUGUCUUGAGGGGUGGUGGUGGUGUGUGUGUGUGUGUGUGUGUGUGUGUGUGUGUGUGUGUG